CUUGGAGGGGAGGAGGAGGAGGAGCUUUCGGAGUUGGCGAUUUCGAAAACUUCAAGAGAAAUUCAUUAUAUUUCGAACUAUCUGUCUAGGUGCGCGUAAUCGUGCGUUUUAACUGUGGUGAAUUUCAUUCAUCGGUUUCUGGGAUAACUAAUUAGAUUAACCAAUUUAUAAAUGAUGGGAGGUUUCACGCAAAGACCAUGGACCCCAACGAAAAGAAGAGGACCCAUUGCUGCAGAAUACAACAGUCCAGGACCGGCCUGCGUAGCUUUACCAUCCUAUAUAGGCAAGAAAACUUUCGAAGCUAAGAGUGGAAGGGCCCCCGCCUUCAGUUUUGGAUCUAGGACCAAUGGAAAAUUAGAAAGUUUAGGACCAGGUCCUGGACAGUACAACAUCACAGGAUUGAGCUCGAAAGGCAAAGAUACACCACCAGCACUAAGUCUUCACAGCCGUCCUAAAGACCACAAACCUGAAAAUUUCCCAGCCCCCGGAGACUAUGAUCCAGAUAAAGCAGAAAAAGUGAUACAUGAUGCCUCGCCCAAAUUUUCCUUUGGUCUCAAGACAAACGUUGACAAACCAGUGGACACACCUGCUCCUAACACAUAUAGCCCAUUCCGAAGAUGCAGCAGCGCAAGAUACUCCUUUGGACGAAGAACAAGGCUAGAAUUGCCUUUAGACACACCUGCACCAAACUCUUAUAACAUUCCUGUAUGUGAUAAAAUGCUUCGUAACAGUUCGCCAAGGUUCAGUUUUGGAUCUAAGACUCACUUGGAUAAAGUGUCUGAAACACCUGCACCUAACUCCUACGAAAUCUCUGAAAAACUAACCAAAGUGCAUUCUCCCAGAUACUCAUUUGGUAUAAAGGGUGAAAUGGGCAGAUCCUUUAACACACCGGCACCUAAUGUAUAUGAUGUACCCAAGUCUGAGAGGUUGAUUAAUGAUCAUGCACCUAAAUACUCGUUUGGGAUAAAAGUUAAUACAGAGAAACCUUCGGAUACACCUGCACCCAACGUUUACGAUGUACCAAAAUCUGAAAAACUAAUCAAUGACCACGCACCAAAAUACUCUUUCGGAUUGAAAACGAACACAGAAAAACCAUUAGAUACACCUGCUCCUAAUGUAUACAACAUUCCAAAAUCCGAAAAAUUGAUCCACGAACACUCUCCUCAAUAUUCCUUCGGCGUGAAAGUGAAUCUAGAAAAACCAUCUGACACACCUGCUCCAAAUGUAUAUGACGCGUCUAAGAGUGAAAAACUGAUUCAUGACCACUCACCCCAAUAUUCUUUUGGACAUAGGGUCAAUUUGGAGAAACCGUCUGAUACCCCUGCUCCAAAUGUAUAUGACGCGUCUAAGAGUGAAAAACUGAUUCAUGACCACUCACCCCAAUAUUCUUUCGGACAUAGAGUUAAUUUGGAGAAACCGUCUGAUACCCCUGGUCCAAAUGUAUAUGACGCGUCUAAGAGUGAAAAACUGAUUCAUGACCACUCACCCCAAUAUUCUUUCGGACAUAGAGUUAAUUUGGAGAAACCGUCUGAUACCCCUGGUCCAAAUGUAUAUGACGCGUCUAAGAGUGAAAAACUGAUUCAUGACCACUCACCCCAAUAUUCUUUCGGACAUAGAGUUAAUUUGGAGAAACCGUCUGAUACCCCUGGUCCAAAUGUAUAUGACGCGUCUAAGAGUGAAAAACUGAUACAUGACCACUCACCACAAUAUUCUUUUGGACAUCGAGUUAAUUUGGAGAAACCGUCUGAUACCCCUGCUCCAAAUGUAUAUGACGCGUCUAAGAGUGAAAAACUGAUACAUGACCACUCACCACAAUAUUCUUUUGGACAUAGAGUUAAUUUGGAGAAACCGUCUGAUACCCCUGGUCCAAAUGUAUAUGACGCGUCUAAGAGUGAAAAACUGAUACAUGACCACUCACCCCAAUAUUCUUUUGGACAUAGGGUUAACUUGGAGAAACCAUCAGAAACUCCUGCUCCUAAUGUAUAUGAUGUUCCCCGUUGUGAUCAGAUUCUUCAUGAACAUGCUCCAAAAUACAGUUUUGGAAGCAAACCACAAUUGGAAAAACCGUCUGACGUUCCCGCCCCAAAUGUUUACAACAUCCCUUCAGUGGUUGGAGACCUUCGUUCUGCUCCCUCCUACACGAUAUCGGGAAGGAACAAGGAACUGGUAGAUGAACGCGUGAAGAAUCCUGGUCCAGGACAAUACAACAACGUCGACCCUGAUACCUACAAAUCCAAUUCACCAGUCUACACCAUAAGUGUGAGGACCAACAUUCCUGGAGACAAAAUUAACAUACCCGGACCUGGAGUUUACUGCCCAGAAAAGGUUGAAGUGAAGAGCUCACCAGCCCACAGCUUUGGAAUAAGGCACUCACCAUACUCGACUCACUACUGAAAUCGUUCAUUUUAAUUUUUUUUUCAAUAUGUGUAAGGUCUAAUCACUAAAAACAGUAACGCUUAGAAUGACAUUAACUCUUGCUUCUCUAAUAAUGGGUUACCAAAUAUUGUGAUGACAAGAAAGCCAAUUUGUUCAGACUAUAGCAUAGUUAAUGCUCAUACUUUUAUUGUUAAUAUAUUUAUCUACUUAUAUAUACUGUUUUCGAAUAAAACUAUAAACAUUU